AGGAGCUGCUCAUGUAUUUGUCUCGUUUUGUGUAGGCUCUCAGUGUGUGUGGCCAUAGCAGUCUUGUUUUUUAUUCCAUCUUUAGGCCGAAGAAGAUGGGGUGCUGCUUUAGUAAGGAGCUCAACCCCGGCCUGCCAUGCGAGAGGAGCAGUCUGUUACAGCCCCCGCUCCCUGACGGUCUGAGUGAAGGGACAGACCAAGUCAGGCAACUUGCCGUGGCUGUAGCUCAGCAUGUGUGCUUGGACGAAGAGGAGACUUGUGUGGCAGACGGAGCGGCCCAGAGGAAGCCUGCCGAAGAUGAGGAGAGACAUCCGGGACAGGACAACAAAGUUUGUACAGAGGGGGCCGCGGUCAGCAGGGACAGCACCACGCGGAGUAAGAGGGAGCCUAAACCAGCCGGCACUCUCGAUGAGAAGGAGGCUAUUAUUAUCACAAACAUACAUGCAAACACGGACACAGAGCCAGGCAUGGCACAGACUGCCAGGCCCAGCUGUGGCCCGGCCCCGUAUAUGGAGGUGCGCACACGGAGUCCUGCCGAACAUAAGAAUUUGGAUAACGCCACUGUCAGGGCUCUGUGGUUCAAUCAGCUUCCGGAGGGGCAGAGGCCCAAACCUGCAAAAUGUAGGUCUCCUCCCGCCAGGUUCCCCUCUCGCUUUGCAAACAACAUCACAGAGAGCGAGGUGUCAGAUGACCCGCCAGCGGUUGGCACGUACGAGGAGACCCAGCGGGAUUCCCCCGAAGAUGAGCUCAAGGAGGAAGAAUAUGAGGAGGUCAGUGUCUUCGAAAAAAGGACCCGGAGUUUCUACAGCCUAUGUUCCAUCGACGCAGACGACCUUGAACAUGACCACAACCCACAAACCCAAACAGCUGGCUUGACACACUUGGCACACGCAGCUGAAGUAGAAACAGCUGCUCUGCCCUGCAUAGUGGAGUCUCCAGUCUUCAGCCAAUCACAUGUAGAGGCAUCCACAAUCUGCCACCAGCUGCAUGUUACACAGUCUAAAAUGACCUGCCAGUCACAUGAUGAGGAACCUCCUUCAGUGCAACCACAUGCUGCAGGACAUUCUACCGGCCUCACACGAACACACUCUAACAACUCACUCUCAGAGGAGGAGACACUUCAUCCUGAUGUUUCUCCACAGCUGGCAGACCCUCAGUGUGACACUCUGCACCCCUCCCAGGAUCAGAUAUACAGCGAGGAACGUCAGCCUGAAUAUUUAAAUUGUCAGACAGCUGCAAAGGACAAAGAUGAACCUAAGGAUGAUAUGUUGAUGACAUCACACACAUAUCAAAGUGCAUGUGAAGAGAAUGAGAUGGUGAAGGAAUCAGAGGAGUUGCAGAGCGUGUGUUUAGAGAGGAGUGUUUAUUUGGGGGUCCACAGAGCAGAUGAAAAGUUGGAUCAGAGUGUGGAUGCUGACUUUAAUACUCUUGACAACCCCCUGUGUGAGCUUCGCCCGUUAACAGAGCAGCAUAUCUACGGGUCACCUCCAGCAGCAGAAGCUCUUGAAGUGGAUACUUCCAGCUGCAGUCCUCCUGACCUCGUCAUCAAUCCUCUGCACAAGGAGGAGGAUGUUUUGCAUCUGUCUGGAGGACACAUUGAGAUGGAUAAGCCGUCCCUUAAGACCAUGAAUAUCUGCACAGGCCUGGGUGAGAAGGAGGAUGUUGGUGACAGCGGAACAGCAGAUACGACUCUCACCAGUGUGUCCUUCCCCUCCACCAUCUCUGCUCUGUCAUCGCUGCCCACCGACUCCCCCUGCCACACAAAUCUGACUCCUCUAUCAGACAAACCCACAUCUGACUCCAUCACAUCCGACAAAUUAGAUGUCAAUUCAAACGACCCCACAUUUGAGUUGACCAGUGUUAAUCCUUUAGAUGGUCACGCUUCAUUCACUGAGCGUAGUGAUGUGAGAUUUGAUGACAAAGAGCCUGACAGUUCUGAUGUGAAACCUGAAGGUGUCCAGGUGUCCCUUAAAGAUUUCUUAGAUGAAACUCUUGCAGCGGCCCUCAUGGGAGGAGAUGAUGGACAGAUUGAAAACAGAUCAGUAAUGAGUCAGAGCAGCAGAUAUGUUGAGAGUGGUGAUGUUACGGAUGUUGUCCCUGAAAUGACUAAUUCCUGCAGUCCACCUCCUUCCUCAUCUGCAUUCAAAAAUCUUGAGGAAGCAGAGCAAAGUUCAGAGACUGAGACGGAUUCUACUGAGCGCAGACAAAUCCAGCUUGAGGUCAACCCACCCUUUAAAGUUGUUAGUGAUACUUGUAAAGAAGAUGAGGAGACAACAGCUGCCCAGGGGAUUGAUGCACAAAUCCAGCAUGAAUCUGCAGAGAGAGCAGAACAGCACCCCCACGCUCCACAACCCUCUGAACUUGUUUCCUUUGACUGUAUGAUCCCCAAAAUUGACACUCUAGACUGUUCACCUCAACAGGGUGAUUUAUCAAAUGACCUUCACUCAGGGGAAAUUAUUGCAACAUCUGCAUCUGCACUUGACCUUAAUUCUUCUCCAGAAACUGCCAGUAUUUCAAACACUGAGACACCGACCCAAAGCAGCAUCUGUGACGACCGAUACAUGAUUCCCAAUGACUUCAGCUGUCUGGAGGAUAAUACCUCAGUUUCACACUCCCAGGAGGUUGACACACUGAUCCCUGUGGACCCGGGUCAGGUUGAUGUUUAUGCCUCAACCCCCUCCUACGAGAUUCACUUCCUGGGUCAGGAGCCGCCUGCGACCGCUGAGGAGGGAGAGCGGGAAGGAGGGAUGAGGGAGAUGGUGUCAGAGCUGCUGGGAGAAGACGCAGACUCCUCCGUCUGCCGCCUCUAUCCCCAGCCCUGGAUCAAGCUGGGUCUGGAGGAGACCUGCGGGGCGUGGGCGCAGGGAGUGUCUGCUGUGGAGCCCCGCCUGAGCGAGGGUCGGACAGGCUCUGACGUGGAGCAGAUCCCCGCCUUUGUCUCCGAGCUGCAGCCCUCUAUGGCUCUGCUAGGAGCUUAUCCCUGUAGCACAGUGAUGCCUCAGGGACCCUGUCUGUGGGAAUGGCAGACAAAUUGCACUCAGUCUGGACCUGUUGCUGCCCCCAGCCUUAACCCUGAAGCUGAGGUAUGGACCAAUCACAACUUUAACUUGGACGUCCCUGGCCCCGCCUACCUGCAGGAUGAGCAGCCAUGGCUGCAAUUCCCAAACAAUGUGACGAAUCAGGAAGUAUACCAGCCAGAGUUCCAGCUGGAGAACAUGUGCCUGGCUGAGGCAGAGGUGGAGGCAGUCCCCAGCACACUGGAGUACCAGAUGCUGCCUGUGGAAGCCCCUGUGGUUAAUGGAGACCCCAUUGAACCAACUGUCACAGAUGAGACCAGGGAAGAGCUGAGGGCAGUCUUGGAAUCUUGCCUGACCAGGGAGUACCUUGGCAACGACCUGUACCUUAACUCUCAGAUGGACAGCGACCAGUAUGUUCCCAUCACAACUCUGGCCAGCCUGGACAAGAUCAAGAGUCUCAGUACAGACCUGGACCUCAUCGCGGACAUUUUGAAAUCCCUGCCCCUGGUCCAGGUGACUCCGUGUGGACAGAAGGUGCGGCCCUGUCAGAGUCGAUGUGUUGUCAUCCUGCGUGAGAUCCCCAGCAGCACACCUAAGGAGGAGGUGGAGGCUCUCUUUGACGGGGAGAACAUUCCCAGGUUCCUGAGCUGUGAGUUUGUGAACAACGAUAACUGGUUUGUCACUUUCAAUUCUGAAGCCGAGGCACAACAGGCCUACAGCUACCUCAGAGAACAAGUUCGGGAGUUUAAGGGAAAGCCCAUCAUGGCAAGGAUAAAAGCCAAAACCAUGGCGGUCACUUCCUUCGCUCCAAAAAAUGGCUUCAGACCCACUCAGCUGGAGCAGAGCGCCAAUCCUUACAACUCCUACUACCCCCCCGACACCUUCCAGCAGACCUGCUCCACCCAACAGCUGUACGACUUCACCAAUGAGGUGUGGAACCCGGAUGCACCGGGAUACCAAAAAUUUGCUGAGCAGCAUCAAACCUUGAUGAAUGACUUCAUGAACGGCUUCUCCAACUUCAAACCUUAUAACCCACACCGGCAAAGGAGAGGCUCAAGGUGGUCAAACUCUGGAGACCGGUGGCAGUCCAAUCCGAACGAUCCUUCAAACCCGUCAGAGCCGGCAUCAGCGGAGCGCACCUCUCCUCCCUUGAGGCCGGGUCGGGGGCGGUCGCGGGGCACGCGCCGUCCCAGCAGAGGCGGAAGGAGGGAGCCCGACAGGCAAACGGUGUCACCCACCUCUGAUCGGGGAAGGAGAGGAAACUUCAGCCAGAGGAGGAGGGAGCAAGCCAGGUCAUGGGAGAAGUCUGCUGGCCGUAAUGCACCUGGUCAGUCCCCUCCUCGUCAACAGUCUCCUCCUCCUGAGCUCGGGCUGAUGAGCUUUCCUCCUCUUCCUCCAGCAAAUGCUGCCAUAGCAACGAUGCCCGCAGCUAACGGCGACGUCAAGGGUCCAGGUAAAAGCAGCAGCCCUCGUGCAUCAGCACCAACCCUGCAACCAGAGCCUGAGCUGACCUCAGAGCAUGAUGUGAAGGGGUGCACAGAGACGAGCAGUGAGGCCAAACCAGCUCAGCUUCCCCAGGAAACUGUGGCAGACUCCAAGAGGCCAAGCUACGCCCAGAUCUGCCAGGGAGCAUCGUCCAAUGAGUCGGUGGCGCCCGCUGACCUCGUCUCUUCAGAGAUGAACCACGUCCCGUUCUUUCCGGGACAGGAACCAGCUCAAUGUCCACAGUGAUCACACUGGGUGGAGGAAAAGACGCUUUUUUUUUCUUUUUUUUGUCUUUAAAGGUGUCAAAUAAGCUGAAAUGUAUAAUUUAACUGUCCCACACUCAAACGAGCUUCACAUGAGGAAUAGUGUGUACAGAGUGAUGUGGUGUCACUCGCAGUGCAGGAAGAUACUGCAUUUAGCACCAAGCAAUCUUUAAAGGCAACUACAUUUACGUCUUGAUCUAAAAUGAACCCUUCAUAGGCACAGCAUCGUGUGGGCGGGGGGCGGUCUGCUGAAGGGUUCAGGACAGGAUAGACCGGUGUGGUACAACCCCCUCAGGAUAUUUAAGCUUACUUUUCAAUGCUAGGAGCAGCAGCUGUAAUGAAUCUGUAAAUGUUGAUCUGCAUUGUCUCUUUAGUUUUAUUGGUUUGUAGUUCAGAUGAGUUUAUUGAGGUUUUGAUUUAGUUUUGUUUUGCUGAUGGCACUGACUCUUCCUGCUGCGUGUGUGUUUGACGUUUCCUCGCUGUACAGGAUGUUACGCCAUGACCUUUUUCCAUACAUCUGUGUCAUUCUUGAGUCUCCAGGGCCACUGUGGGAACACAUGAUGCUUUUUUUCUCUAAAUAUUAGUAACCCAGUUUGUUUCUAUUUUCAGACAUUUUUGUCAGCCUUUAAUGAACUAAGGUCCAGCGUGUGUCAGUGAGUACAGGGAGGAUCAGACCUCUGUAUUGAUUUGAUCUUGAUAGUCCAAGAAUCGAAUUGAACUUGAAAGUAUUUUUCCCUUGAGAAGCACUGAAUAUUACUACGUUAUCUCUGCAUGACUUUUUAAAGUUUAUUUUAGAUUUAAUUUAUGUCAUUUUUUUAUUUAUGUUAGAUAGGAGUUAUUUUUCAUGUGUUAAAGCUUCAGUCUCAGCUGUGUUGAUGUAGAGUAACUACACAUAGGGUGCUGUAGUUACUCAGCGUCCAUAAAUGAGCAGUUUCAGCGCAGACUACAGGAUUUUUAUGUGAGAACUUCAACUGAAUUGUACUAAGUUGUCCAAUGAGCUUUUUGUUUAAAAUAUACAAUUUUAAAUGUAGAACAGAUGUCAUGGAAAAAAGAGCGGGCAUGGUUGUGGCAAAUGUUAUUUUGUUUGUACAGAUGUACAUAUUUUGAAAAAAUAUUAAAGUGCCUUUGAAGUUAUA